AUGGUGUUUCUCACGGAGUUAAAAAGAAGACGACAAGGCAAAAUAGCAAAGGGCAAAAAUCAAGAGCAAGGUAACCAACUGUCUAAAGAGAAAGGAAAAUCUAGUAAGAGAACUGGAUGUAAAGAGAUCUUUUUUCAGCUCUUUCUCUUCUCAUCUGUGAAAGGUUACCUCUUCAAUUUUGCCACUGCUGCUACAAAAAAGAUAUCUGAAUCUGUUGCUGAAACAGCACAUACGAUAAAGAAGUCUGUAGAAGAAGGAAAAAUCGACAGCAUCAUUGAUAAGACAAUUAUUGGAGAUUUUCAGAAGGAACAGAAAAAAUUUGUCCAAGAGCAGCAAACAAAAAAAUCAGAAGCAGCAGUGCCUCCAUGGGUAGACAGCAAUGAAGAAGAGACAAUUCAACAACAAAUACUGGCCUUAUCAGCAGAUAAACGAAAUUUUCUGCGGGAUCCUCCAGCAGGUGUGCAGUUUAAUUUUGACUUUGAUCAAAUGUACCCAGUUGCAAUGGUGAUGUUACAAGAAGAUGAACUUCUGAAUAGGAUGAGGUUUGAUCUCGUUCCCAAACAUGUGAAGGAGGAGGUGUUCUGGAGAAAUUAUUUCUACAGGGUGUCCCUAAUUAAACAGUCUGCACAACUCACCGCACUUGCAGCUCAACAGCAAGCAGUAGGAAAAGAAGAGAACAAAGGCAGAGAAGAGGAUAGUCAACUGAAAGAAACAGUACGGCCAAAAACACCGCCUGUUACAAUAAAGCCUCAAAUAAAAUCUCAAGAGGAAGAUGAAGAGAUUUCCACAAGUCCAGGUGUGUCAGAAUUUGUGAGUGAUGCUUUUGAUGCCUGUAAUCUGAAUCAGGAAGACCUAAGAAAAGAAAUGGAACAACUGGUGCUAGACAAAAAGAGAGAAGAGACUUCAGUAGUAGAAGAAGAAACGGCUGAUUGGGAAAAGGAAUUACAACAAGAGCUUCAAGAGUAUGAGGUGGUAACAGAAUCAGAAAAGCGUGAUGAAAACUGGGAUAAAGAAAUAGAAGAAAUGCUGCAAGAAGAAAAUUAAGCAUUUUCACAAAAUCACCAUAAACCUAAGAUUUUUCUGAGGACGGACAUGGAUUUCUGCUUUCAUAUUUUGCUUACGAAAGAUCUUCAAAAGACAUAGAAGAAUCAAAAAUCAUUAUAAUUCCAUAUGGGGAUACAACCAUGAUUUCUGUUCUUUAUAUGAGCAGUUUCUGAACUUCUAUGUUCUUCAAAAGAAAAAAAAAAAGACAGAUACUGCAGGUUGUAUGUCAUAAUUAAAAGUGAUAGCAUUAUUACAUGAAGCAGCAGUUUAGUUUGACGCAUUUUUAGGUGGUCAAGAAGCUCUGCAAAGAGAUUUCUAAAUCUAAGAAGCUCAAUUUGUCUACAGCCGUCUGUUUGGGAUGUAAAAAUGGAUGUUGUAAGUAACUUAGUCCUUGAAAAUAACACUCUCAUCACAUUUGCACUCUGAUCCCUGUAUAAUCUGUAAAUGUGUACUAUUUGUAAGGUACUUGUAGCUAGUAGCUUUCAUGUGUAUUUAACUUCCUUAAUGUAUGUAGCCAAAGAAUUUAUAGAAAACCCUAUCGAGUUACUUCCAAUCAUUUAUUAUAAAAAAGCUAAUUCAGACUCCAAAAGAAGUACUGAUUAAUUAUUGAUCACUUAUAACUGGCAAACAUUUCAGCAUUUAAAUAAGAAAUUACUUAUUAACUGCUUGAAUUAAACUGUUGUUUUUAUUAAAUCAUCAUAUUAUGAUAUUGCCUUUCCCCACAGAGAGAAAUGGUUUAAUGCUUUCUUUCUUCAGAAGACUCUUAUGUUUCCAUUUAAUUUUGCUGUCUGAGUGAGAGCAAAUUAAGUGUUGUUCUUAAUUUUAAGUGUUGAAACAUUUCUGUAAAAACUUUGUCUGGUUUGGACAUCUUUAUUAAAUAUUGUAGAUAUGUAUAAAAUCGGCUCAUUUAUUUGGAUGGAGGGCAGAGUGAGGGGCGAACAUAUUUCAGACUUAUACAGAUUUCAAAAAUAGACUUUGUCACAGUGCUUAAGACACAGAACUGAAAUAAAAAAGUUUUAAAUAAAAGAUUUUUUGAUUCUUCUUAGACAUCUGGAUGUUUCCUGUAGUUUUACCAUUAAGUCAGUAUCUUUAUGUAUAUAAAUGCAAAUUUGAUGUUCUGUUUGUCACCUGUUUCAUAAACUUCUCUGACAAAACAUUAAUGAAAUUCCAAAUAUGAAGGAAAAAGGGUAAGAUGAAGUAGGUAGGAGCCAUUAAGCACAAUUGAAUUAUAGGCAUGUUACAUAGAGUAAGCUCUGUCUUAAUGACAUAAUUCUGCAGAAAACUUUUGUAAAGAGACUGAAAAGAUUAUAGCUGUAAUUACUCCAUCAAUAUUCAUCCCAUGGGAAUUGAAGUGAGCUAAGCAGUUUUAACCGCUGUUAACUGUAAGAAAGGACUGUUUUUAAAAUGGUCUCUAUUGGCAACUUAGACAGAAAGCCCUCCUGUAUUUCUCAUCAUGGAAAAUGAAUUGUUUUAAGCCUGCAUACAUUUGACUUCUCAAAGUAGUUCCUUUAUUGCUAUACACUUUCUCAACUACAAAUCAUCUUAAGCACAAUUUAUAUUUUUGUAAUGUUUUUCACUUUUAGUUAACAGGUGCAAGAUAAGUCGUGGUAAAUAAGAGGUACUUUAGGAGCUCUUUAUAUCUGGGAUUAAUUAAAGGCCCCAAAAGUUAAAUCUGUUACGCUCAUAAAAAUCAGACUAUUCAAAGCUUAGUGUUUACUCUUGACAAAUACAACUGCUCACAGACUUAAGCUGGAGACGUUAGGAUUUAUCUAUUGUACAGUUUGACACGACACCUUGUAAGAUGGGUAGUUCUGUUCUGAUAGUGGCAAAUCUUCUCCGGACGACUCGGAGCUCAAAAUCCCCGUCCCAAAUGUCCGCUUUCAUAAAAACCAGCCUGAUAAUUCCUCGUGUUUUCAGAUACAUGACGGGCUUAUUUGCAUGGGGUUUGUACACCAAGCCUCAUCU